CCUCCCCCUCUUCUAUCCCUCCACCUCCUCCCUCCAUCCCCAGCCUCCACCUACCCAGCCCCAGCAACGGCUCGGAUGAUGAACACACACACAUAAUCUCGGCUGUUUUCUUAGCGACAUUUCUGGCAACCGGCAGCGACCGCGAUUGUGUUUUUUUACGUGCAGGAAUCGGCGCAAAAGUGUAGGAUACGGUCGUAGGUCGAUGCGACCGGUUUGAUCAAUCUCAGCCUUUGCUGGACGCUGGAAUCGCUGCAUCUUUCUGCGUUACGGAGCGCGUUUAGCGUGUGGAUGUCGCGCGUCGCGGUGGAUCGUUCUCGGUGUUGUUGUGGAUGUCGGCUAAUAAAAGGUGCGCGAUGGAGUUGUUUACGUCUCACGCCGCGAGGCCCUUUGGAGGUUGAAGAUGUUGCUCUGGCUGAGCUGAUCUGAUGUGUAAUGUUAUGAUCAGGGUAUAUCCCGAUUUUCCCUCAAGUCGUUUAUAGGCUACUAUACAAGCACAGGGCUUGGAAUCGUUCGGGAUUAACUGUUGUUUUCUUGGAUUUUCCGAGACGUUCGCACUCUUUAAUCUGCUGUAAAUAUAUGUAUAUAUAGUAAUAUAUAUAUAUUCAAAAAAUGAUCAUGGAAACCUCCAGCACGAGGACAUUUUAAAACAAUACAGACUCCAAAACAAAUACGACCCAUUACAUCCCAAUCAUCGCAAAGCCACGAUAUAGUACAAACAGAACAUCCAGAGCCAGAUCCAGCUUAGAUCCAGAUGUGAAAGCGGGCGCGCGAUGCUGCGUCCUGCUGGCUACCUCUGAUCUUUGGGACUGUCUGAAAAAAAGGAAAGAGAGAGCGAGAGAGAGAGAGAGAGGGUGGAAGAACAACAACACUCUGCCUUUAGGAGGUUCCAUCAUGCCUACUUCGCGCUCUGGUUCCAGCUCAGUGGAAUACUGGGUCGAGGGAUCCCGUCGAGAUGCCUCCAUGGAGGAGUUCUACACCAUGGGCCCAGAACUGGGAAGAGGGGCCACGUCAGUCGUGUUUCGCUGCGAGGAGAAGCAAACAGAGAAGCCCUACGCAGCCAAAGUCCUGAAGAAGACUAUCGACAAGAAGAUUGUGAGAACAGAAAUCGGUGUGCUGCUACGUCUCUCCCACCCGAACAUCAUCCGCCUGAAGGAAAUCUUUGAAACGGAGACAGAAAUCUCACUGAUUCUGGAGCUGGUGACUGGAGGGGAACUCUUUGACAGGAUUGUGGAGAGAGGCUACUACAGUGAGCGAGAUGCUGCUCACGUCAUCAAGCAGAUCUUGGAGGCAGUGGCGUACCUACAUGAAAAUGGUGUAGUUCACAGAGACCUCAAACCAGAAAACCUCUUAUAUGCCGAUCUGUCUAUAGAUGCCCCACUCAAGAUAGCGGACUUUGGUCUCUCCAAGAUAAUAGAUGAGCAAGUGACUAUGAAGACUGUGUGCGGCACUCCUGGCUACUGUGCUCCCGAAAUUCUCAGAGGCAACGCUUACGGCCCGGAGGUGGACAUGUGGUCCGUGGGAGUCAUCCUGUACAUAUUGCUGUGUGGGUUUGAACCAUUUUUUGAUCCAAGGGGGGACCAGUACAUGUACAGCCGCAUCCUCAACUGUGACUAUGAGUUUGUCUCCCCCUGGUGGGAUGAGGUUUCCCUCAAUGCCAAGGAUUUGGUCAGUAAGCUGAUUGUGCUGGACCCUCAUAAGCGUUUAAGUGUGCAGCAGGCACUGGAGCACCCAUGGGUUCUUGGCAAAGCAGCUCGCUUCUCCCACAUGGACACCACACAAAGGAAGCUGCAGGAAUUCAACGCUCGCCGCAAACUUAAAGCUGCUAUGAAGGCUGUGGUAGCUACCAGCCGCAUGCACGAGGGUUCGAAGCGGCGGACAGACAGCUGCGAGAUGCCGAGUUCAGACAAGCCCUCUCAACCCAGUGGGCCACAGAGAGACGCCUCCAUGGAUGCAUCAAGCAAACCUGACACUGAGGAAGAGGGUGCAGACAAAGCAGAGAAAAACACAGAGCCACAGCGAACCCCAAGUCCUCCCAGCCACGCCUCCCACAGCCCCAAACCCACCGCACUGCCAUCCGUCCCAAAACCCACCCGGCCACCCCUCAUAGCUGAUGGUCCCAGACAGACCUCGGUUCUGCCCAAGGUCCCGGUUGUCCGGCCCAGGGUGCCGAAAAAAAGCUACUCUGUGGAUCCUGGGGGCAAAAGUGGACCUUCGCCCGUCCUGACCACCCCACCCAGUCCCAAAAGCAUCAGCAAUGGCUUUGUUGCUGGAGUGGAGACUGGAAACAACACAGCAGAAUGUCAGUGAAUGCAUAUGAUCCAAAAACACAUGUUUGCAUGAUAAUAACUGUGGGUAGAUCCUGAUAAUGUAGAAGGAAAACAGACAAAAUAGAGAAGGCAGAGGAGGCCUAAAACAGACGCUGGGAUUUGUUUUUGUUUCAGAUAUUUUAAUACAGAACUUUUGGAUAUGAACCCCUGAAACUAUGAACAUGUAUUUAAAAAAAGAAAACAUCCUUAUAGAAGCUCACAGACUUCCCUUCAGCGCUAAGCUACCAAUGCAGUUAAAAACACCAAAUUUGGUUCCUUUGCUUUGCAUGCCAGUGCUUAUGUACAUGAGAGUCUGUUUCUGUACUUUUACUAUCAUAUGCAAACAAACAUACAGUUUGUAUGACUGUAUGGCUCAUACUUAUUUUUCUCCUAUCUAGCGCAGAGGUAGAAAGGAGUAUGUGGUCGUGAAAUAAAUAUUGUGUAUUGUUUUUCGAUGAUUGCUACAAAGACCUAAGGUUUGUAAUUGUAAAUACUCUUUUAAAUACUUAAAUACUCUUCUAAAAUAGACAUAUAAAUAUAUGAAUUCCUUCUUAUUCCCCCCCAUUCAUAUUUAUAACAUUUAUUGUUACAUGUUUUGAGGAGAAACGCUGCUUUUAUGCACAAACCAGUAGUUGAGUGGAGACUAUCUAUGUGGCGAUAAGGAAUACCAUACUUUCCGUCAUUAGGCCAGUUUUACACAUACUAUCUCUGUGUAUGUGUUAGUGUGACUUACAGCUUUUCUGUAAAAAUGACAGGGUACAUUCAUAUAAAAUAAUAUGGAUAGUUACAACAUAAUUUUACAUAAUAUUACUGGACAUUUUGCACAAAUAAUACUCACAAAUUUUAUGCAGCAUUAUGCAGUAAUGAUUCACAUUAUUUUAAGGUACAAAUAGCUAAAUAAUGUUGCAUUUUAAUCUUUUAUGUCAUUAUGUCCUUUUGUUCAUAUUAAUUGGUCACACAAUGUUUCACAAUAAUUUGCUGUAAAACAGGUCUAAGGGCUAUUUACAUUUACAGCAUUUGGCUGAUGAUCUUUCCCAGAGUGACUUACAGCACUGGAAAAAAUAAGAGACCACUUUUGUUUCUGAAUCAGUUUCUCUGAUAACAUUUCUUCCAAAUUCCAAAUAAAAAUAUGAAAGCAAAGAGUCAUUUAGAGCAUUUAUUUGCAGAAAAUUAGAAAUGUCAGAAAUAACAAAAAAAGAUGCAGAGCUUUCAGACCUCAAAUAAUGCAAAGAAUACUAGUUCAGAAAUCAAUAUCUUUUGUAAUAACCCUGGUUUUUAAUCACAGUUUUCAUGUAUCUUGGCAUGUUCUCCUCCACCAGUCUUACACACUGCUUUUGGAUAACUUUAUGCCACUCCUGGUGCAAAACAAUCAAGCCAUUUAGUUUGGUUUCAUGGCUUGUGAUCAUCCUCUUGAUUAUAUUGAAGAGGUUUUCAAUUUGGUAAAAUCAAAGAAACUCAUAAUUUUUAAGUGGUCUCUUAUUUUUUUCCAGAGCUGUACAUUUAAACUUACAUUUAUUUGAAUGAUGUUACACAGGUAGGAGAGUGUAGCAUUAGGGCCCGUACACAAGGACUCUUAUACCACCAAGAGGGCAGAAUUCUUACUCUUUACACUACAUUACCCUCUACGGCCUAUUUUCCUGUUUCCAUGCCAUUUAAAUGCUACAUCUGGAAUACACAGCUGUUCUGCUCGUAUGGGGCUGUGUGAACACAGAUCAUGUCACUCAGAAUGUGCUGAAUGUAGUUUGCGUAAAACAGGCGCGAUGUGCUCGAAGGUAUAGGCUGCUUUAUGAGUUUGAACUGAGCAAGACCUGGGGGGACCAGACCCUUUAUAAGAGCAAAUAAACUCAAAACCAAUGAGAGAUAUUGAAUUGAUUUAAUUAAGGGUCAGAAUUAUAGGUGUAUAAAUUGUAAAUAUGCCAUUAUUGAAUGUGUAAUGGAGCCACAAAGUCCAAUAUGCACAGGCUUGUGGAAGCCCAUUCCCACCAGGUAGAUAAACAAACAGGUGUUUUGUUCGCUCUGUUCCUGGCAAACCUGUUGCUUAAUGAUACGAAAGGUUUGCUAUUUAUCUGUAUAUAAAUGUAUAAUGUCUCAAAACUUGAUUUAUGUCAAAUGAAUGACUUGCUUUGGAAUUUUUUUACUUCUCUCUGUAAGAGGUCACUAUUUGUAAUAUAGGUCUAUAAGUUAUUUCUACCUUUUAUGUAAAAAAAUAAUAUGAAUUUUGUCCAAAUCAUCAUUUUAACCAAAAAAAUAUUGCAAGUCAUCAUUUUAACCAAAAAAUAUCAUGUCUCACAAUCAUUACCACCCACUGCACUGUCCACUCUGGCUGGUAAUGUCUUCUAUGAUGUAUUACCAGUAGUUACAUGACACUGCAGAUCCAGGAAAUGUGAAAUGCCUGCACACCUUUAUAAAUGAAAUCUUCCAGACAUCCAAUGUGGUGGGCAUUCUCAAGCCAUACACUGAGGUACCAUUUCAGGAUACAUUUAUAUGACUGUUUGCAUGUCAGUGUUUAAAUUUGAAUUUGUUAAAGUUAAUUCUUUAUAAUGAUAUCAUAAAGAAUGGGCAAAUUAAAUUUAAAUAAAAUAAAAUCUUUCUACACUUACUUCCACUGACAGUUAAGAAAGUUUUUUCCUUCACUUGUAUGUAAAAUUUGUCAUUUUAGAGAUUGUACAUGGAUGUUGCUAAAUAAAAUCCUUCAUAUGGCAAAUUCUUAUAAAGUCAUAUACAGUUUUCUUCUAUCUAGUGGGAAUGUGUCUUAAUACAUAUAUUUAUACAAUUAUAAAUUGAUGACAGAUUUGUAAUAGAUAACCUUAGGCCCUCUGCCAAAAGACCCUCAAGGCCUCUGACACAAUUCAAACUCAGGAAUUUCAUUUUGAAGGAAAUAACACAUUGAACAGAGGUGAAGUCAUUCUGUAUCGCCACAUAGAUCUCAACACAUCCCUUUUCAUUUGAUGCAUCUAAUCCUAACCAUUUCCAUAUGCAGUACUGAAGCUCUGUGGAAUGUUAUAAAUAAAGAGCUCUCUCCUCCUCAUCAUGCUGAACGCUCGGCUGCGUUCCACACCCAUGUUUUUGCUGUAGGUUGUGAUCGACUUUAUAUCAUACGGGAAGACGCACAUCGCUUUCUUUCCAGACGCACGUCUCUCAACCACACUUUCUACCUCUUUUCUGAACAGGGGCUUCCAACCUCUCCAUGAAUAUUUUGAGAAUAAAGGAGUUAGGCUGUGCAUGUAUGUGGGAAUCGACUGGAUGUAACGGCAGGACACAGGCCUGACUGACUGUUUUCAGUGAACAGAGAUUAUCUGCCUCUGUAAAAGUGUAAGAACGUAGAAAAUCACUUUGAUAUGUACUCAUUCGCCCCAUCCCAUGCUGUUCUGUUGCCAAAACAGGAGCUUUGUACAUAUUGCUGACAUGCACGGCAAUGAGUCUCCACUGAAAGUCAUCUAUAUGAUUAUGUGUGAUACAUAACUAUUUUACAAUACUAUACAUCGCUUAGAUAUGCUGUCUUCAAAAAAUAGCCUACAGGCCAAUGUAGGUGCCAUUUGUGUUUGAUCAGGAGUUCUGUGUUUUCAUGAUUAAUAAAUUGUGAAUUUAAAGCUU